AUGGCCAAGGAGCUUGAGCACCUCAAGAUCAACCUACCCGACAAGUUUGUGGUUGGUGGCAUCAUUGCCAAGUUGCCUCCUUCAUGGAGGGAUUUCGCCACUACUCUCAAACAUAAGAGGAUGGAGAUAUCAGUGUCUAAUCUGAUAGCAUCCCUUGAUGUUGAGAAAAAAGCUCGGACCAUGAAUGGGCGAUCUAAGGCUACUAAGGUCCAGACUACUGCCAACAUGGUGCAGAAGUCUCACGGCAAAGGCAAGGGCAAGGGAAAGAAGACCAACCGCAGCCUACCACUACUUUCAAGAAGAAGAAGUUCAAGGAAGACCACUCGGGAUUCUACCGUGAUGAUGGGCAACGGGUCGCAUGCUACUAUUCGUGGUGUUGGCACGGUCGAUCUGAAGCUAACUUUGAGAAAGAUCGUGCAGCUGAAGAACGUGCAGCAUGUCCCUACUAUCGGCAAGAAUCUAGUUAGUGGCUCCCUUUUGUGUAGGAAUGGUGAUUGA